GUUAGUUGACAUUAUUAUUUGAUUAUCGUUUGUGUUUAUUUUAACGAAAUCCUGCCUGUGUUGUGUAAGUGAUUGAUCUGAUAGUGUAACACUGUCCCUUGAGAGAAACAUUUCCAGUUGGUUUCAAUAACAUUUUCGUUUAACGCUUCUAGUUUCCGUGUUCCCAGUGUAGUCCCAUUUGAUUGUUUUCUUUUUUUCUUGGUUUUACCAUUCAUUCAUGAUUUAAAAAAAAGAAUUCCCCCGUAAUUGGUUUCUUUCGAAAUCCUUUUUUUCUCAUUUGUUUCGUCUGCAUUUAUCUUUACCGUUGAAACAUCAGUGUGCAACGUGCAUGAAAUAGCUGUGCGUGUGUGUGACAUUAUUGUGAAUGAUUUUCAUCCUAAUUUGAGAACCAUUUUUAUUUUCCGUUCUUUUAAACAAUGUUUCCUUAAUUUUUUUUUGUCCGAAAAUGGUCCGUUUUAUGUGAGAGAUUUUAUUUAAUUAAAGGCUUUUUCUUUAUUUCGUUUCCUGUUUGUAUAAUCCGUUAUUUAACUCGACCAUACAAUUAUAAUAAUCAAUUCAUUCAUUUGUUUGAUAAAAUCACUUGAAAAAUACGUACAAAAAAAAAAUCAAAACAAAACAAAAUCCUCCCAAAAAUAAAUGACAAACGCCGAAACGAAAACAACGUAAAGUGUUCGGGCCGUCAUUGACUGGUUUUAAUCCAAUGGCGGACGGGGAGAUGGGCCCAUAUCCGGUUGGUGAUGGAGAAUUCGGUCCAUAUCCGUUGUCAGACAAUACAAAUUUGUUAGGUCCAAGUAGUUACGCAAUAAAAAAGCGUAUGCGUCGACCUCAGCCACUGCGUCCAAUCUAAAUAAUAAUGCAGCUUAUGAAACAACGUCGUGCAAUCGUACACAUUGCACGGCUGGAGGCUCGGCCUCAAACACUAAAUGCAAUACCCCAGUGCCAACGAGAAGAAGUACGAAACGAGAACGGAAUAGCUUUCGGCGGCAUUCAGCUCACGGUCGAAUGUCCUCCCCAACACAAGCUGGUGUAUCUGUCCCCCAUCACCUUCGUCAACAUGUAUGCCCGAACACCGGACCUUGACUGAAGAGUAAAGCUGCCGCCAGCACCGUAUCACCGUUAUCAUCGCAAUGUAAUUCGAAUGCCGAUGUUGAGUGCUUAACGGCAUCAACAACGGCCGAACCAACUGCUUUUAUGAACGCUAACGACAAUGAUAAUAAUCUGGUCAAUGCGAGUCGUAGUUGUAGCCGCUGCGGCAGCAUAAACAGCACAAAAAGUGCAAUCGUCGUCCCCUCAAAUCAAUUAGCCAACGAAGAAGAAUUUACUGGUGCAAUUAAAGUAUCAACGCCAUCGUUACGGUAUAAGCGUUGCACGAGUAAUUUAAGCGACGACGAAGAGGAUCGACAGCAGUUUUGUCACAGUGGCGAAACAUUGUCGCGACGAUCAAGCGUUAGUCAUUUGACUCAUGACGUAAUGAGCAGUUUUGGUUCAUAUACCUCGCUUAGUUUCCGGUCAACGCCUGGAACGGCCGAGGGUACAGCAACUAAAAGUAAUCGUCACUCGCCUCGGCAACAUUCGCACAGCCAUUAUCAUCACCGACACCACAAUCACAAUCACCACUACCAUGGGCAAGGUACUUCACGCAAGCAUCAAGUCUAUUAUCAAACGCACCACGCUCUAUGCAAACGCGCUUUUUCCGGUGAAUCGCAUGGUUCAUCGGAAACACCAGCAAAUAAUCCAAAUCGUAAGCGUGGAUCGCACCGACGAAAAAGCUCAAGCUCAUCGUUUGGUGGUGAUUCGUUGCGUCGUCGUAAACGUAUCGAUACCGAAAGUAGUAGUUUACAUGGGUCGGGACUAUCGCUAUUUGAACCGCUUCAGGUUGAUGUGAGCACACCAAGCACAAACACCGUUAUUUUAACUCCGUCAAAGAUUACCAUUGAACACAGCAACGAUUACGAAGGCAAUCGUGAUAAGAAACCGUGUUCAAAUGGACGAAAUCAGGCGAAACGAAAUCGUUAUGUAUCAUCGCCCAUUCAAUGGUCCUAUGCACAUCAUCAGGACGAAGUGAAUGUAAACAGUGAUCGUACGGAUUUCAUUGAAAUCGUUUCGGAACCGGAUGAACUGUGCCGCUCACACUCGGCCAUGGGCCAAGCAAAUACGAGCAAAGCGAUGCAUUCACGUGCAAAAAAUAAUGGUUACGAUACACCAAAAAAGCCCAGCCAAUGCGAUGACUCAAAUGCAUUUUCCAUUUGGGAACGGGCCACGGACAAUGACGAACGUGAACGAACAAUCAUCUUCCAUCAUAAAAGUGAUGUAGGUGAUAAAUGUUGCGAUAACUAUUGUCCGCGCAACAUUGAAUCGGAUACGGAACUAGAAAUUACCGCUGACCGCAGCUUUACACACACAAAAAUGACCGAAAAUGAAGAGAUUAGCAGCGGUGCACAGCUGCUGAAUGGCAAACAAACGUGCUGCACAUCCAUGUCAUCGCUAGAACUAUUGAAUAAUUCGAUGCCAUCGUCAAGCGUUGCCGGUGGCACCAAUAAUUCCACGGCACUGGCCAAUUUUCAAAAGAAUAAUAUCUCACAAACGGGAUCACAUCGAUAUUUAGACUUAACAUCGGAUAUUCGUCGUUAUUCGAAAAUUACCAAUUUUGAACAACAAAACGCAUCAAACCUACUGCCAAACUAUUUAUCGCGCUCAUCAAAUACAAAUCUUAACGAACCGCCAACCGGAACAUCUUUCGAACUAUUCAACAUACCGUCAACAUCGAUGUACGAUAAACCAUUUGGAAGCAUCAAUUUAACAAUGCAAAAUCAUUUCGAACCACAAUCAUCUUCAAGCACUGGAACACAACGUCAACAAGCAAACAAUUUUAACAGUAAUAAUGAUAGUUAUAGUUGUAGCAAUGUUAGAACUGAAAAUACGACAUCGAACAAUAAUCAAUUAGAAGCUUGGUCCGAUGGCGAUAAUCAGCAAACAAAUGCAGGCCAAACAUCUGUUGCCGCUGCCGCUGCCGCUGCCGUCGUCGCCAAUACAAAUAGUUUGUCAACUGACCAAAACAGCAUGAACAGUUCAAGCUAUCACUUUGCUCCGCACACAACGCCACAAUUGAACACAAACAUAGCAAUCACAAGCGCUGACACCAACCACAGUAACAAUAACAAUAAUCUACCAAUUUUAUUGAACAACAAUAACAAUUCUAAUGAUAUCGGCACAUCUACCCGACUUCGGACGAAAUUCAGCAAAUUUAAAAAGUUUUUCACAAAAAACUAAAACAUCAAACGAUGAAUUGAACAAAACCAAACAGAAUGUUGACAUUUUUAUGCUAUUUGCCAAGAGUUGAAACUAAAAUUACAAAAGAAACGAAAUGAUAGAGACGAAAUCACAUUUGCUUCUAAUAAAAUCAACUGAAAAAAAAACGCUUUCUAACUAAAUCGGAUGAUCAAAAAAUUCAAAUGCGCAAAUCGCGCAUUAUUCGACACGGAAUAAAAGCAAAUAAAACUAAAAAAAAAAAAAUUGUAGAAACAAACCGUUUGCAGCACAUAAUGUUUGUAACACUUCGUAUUUAGAGAGAAAAACAAAAAUCAACAACCAAAAAAAAACUUAUAUGGCAAACAAUGAAAAACAAUAUACUUCAUAGGAACGAACAGAAGAUGAACAAAUAAAUCGUCGACAUAUGUAGUACGUACUCACGUAAGCGCACCCGAACAUUUAAACAAGACCUCUUUAACUGAGAAGAAGGAUACAAAACAAUUUAUUGACAUGUCUUUCGAGUUCUUUUUUUUUUAAAUCUAUUAUUUAUUAUAAGUUUAUGAAUGGAAGGACUGACGAAAAAAUGCAACAAUUUUCAGUCAGUGGUAGAAACAGAAGAAUGGAUAUAUUUUGAAGAAAGAAAACGAAUAAAGAAAAACCAAGGCAGCAAGCAAAGCACGAACGCAACAAUGUAAUUGAACAUGCAACGGAAUUUUCAUUUCUAUACACAAGAAUUGAAUUGUUGCAUCGAACAAAAAAAUUGAUGUUAUUGAGUGUGUGAGAGAGAAAGAGACAUGAGUAUAUCGCACUCGACUACGGAAAAAUCUAUACGAGACUCGACGAUGAGUUGGUGUGUUUCUCAGUUCUCAAUCCCGUACAACUUGACAACAAUAUUACAUUGACAAUUUUCGAACGGAGCGUUACCAAAAAGUAAAACAAGAAACUUAUUGUACUGUAUAGUAUACAUACCUUAAUUUAAUUAAUCGCCAGCAAUAUUUAAUUAGAAUUAAAGUAAAACUAUUGAUAGAAUAUCAUGUACUCAAGCAUUCAAUAAAGUGAAACCAAAAAAAAAAAAUACUAUCCAAAAAAAAACUUAGUUAUUACUGAAUUAUGAUAAUGAAACCACGUAUAGGAGAUUGAGGGAUGCAAACAAGAAAUUUGUAGGCAAAAAAUGAUAUAAACCAAACUAAAUGAAAAUGAAUAAUGAAUUAACAAAAAUGUUCAAUCUCAAAGAAAAAUCACACUAACUCUCUCACACACACACACAUUAAGAGCAGCUAAGCAGCUUAAAUGUUAGGUUAUCACAAUGGGACAUCGAGAUGGUUAGAAGUCACAAGAGAAAAGAAAAACUAACUAAACAAAAUUACGCUGAUAGUGUUAACGAAAUUAUUAGUAAUAGUAGUUAUGCUUACAAAUCAUUAGUGAAAUGAAAGAAAGAAAAUAAAAAAAAAAACAAAACGAGACACAGAGAUAACGAGAACAUAGUUCUGAAUCUCUAUCUAUUGAAUAAAAAUGAUGAAUGUUGGUAAAUGUGUAUUUUACAAUGUUAAAUAAUUUUGGAUAAAAAAAAACGAACGUUGAAAACAGCAGCAGCAGCAACAACAACAACAACAGAUAAAAACAAACCCAAGCGUCGGCCAAUGGAAAUGAAUGAAUGACAUGUUUUCUUUUUCAAGCUCAUUAAACAAAACACAGAAAAAACGCUCGCAUUCACACUUUAUUCAUUGAGUUUUUACCCAUUGCGCUGACACACACACACACACUUAUAUACGCGAAAUGACUCGUUAUUUUCACCAAUUCACUCUCACUCGCUCGCUCACGCACACAUACACAAUUCAUGCAUCUGAAGCACUUGCCGUAAUGGUGCUUCAGACACAAUCUGUUCAUUCAAUUUUCAAGACGACGCAUUGACGACGAUGAUGAUUUGAUUUUUCACACCCUCGUCUCCUGAAAAAAGAACAACAAAAACAUGAACGAAGCGAAACGAAGAGAAUUUCGUUCGUUAUUUUAGUAUGUUUGACAUGCAAUUAAAAAGCACACUGAAAAAAAAAAUAAACAGAGAAGAGAAUUGAACACGCACUGAAUUGUGUACGGUGAGAAAUUUAAUCCAUUUUUUGAAGCAUGAAAUUCGCUAAGGAAGAAACAAACCAAUGUUUUUUUUAAGAUCUAAUGCUAAUUUAUGUGAACAUCAAAGAAAAAAAUUCUAAAUAUUUAAUAAACGCACCAGUCAUACCGGACAUCUAUUUAAUUAUGUAAUUAGUACUAAAGGAAAACCAAUGAAUACUGAUUUGUUGUAACGUUAAUAUGAAGAGACAGUGAAAAACUAGCGAGAAAAAAAACGAACUAGAGAAAAGCCGACAAAAAAAAACGGUUCACAAUUGAAAAUUGAAGGGAUAAAAUGCAUUGAUUUCGAGAUGUUUUCUUUGUGUUUUCCCAUAAUCUGGCCGAAAUCAACAGCACUUAGAGCUUAAGCUUGAUUUCGCGCAGUUGCAAUCUUAUGCUAAAUGUUACAAUGCACAAGUGAACCCAUUUUGUUAUUGAAAGAAACAUGGACAGAUUUGCUGUCACAACGAACUUACACUUUCGACACACCAACUCACUGUUUUUACGUAAUAUCAUAGAAAAGCUUCUUGGUUUUUAAUUUUUCCGGUUGUCUUUGCCUGCAGUUGUUCAUAUAACACGAAACUACUAAUGAACAUGAAAUAUUUUGUUUUUGUCCGAAAUAGAAUUGAGACAAAAACACAAAUCCAAAAUUUACAACUAACUAAACAUAAUGGAAAUCUUUAACGAACAUAGUAAACAAACAAAAAAUUAAUGAAUUUAAUCAUCACGAUAACAAGAUACUUUGAAGCUGCAGAAGAGAACGAUGAAUCGGAGAAUGGAGAUACCAAAUAAUAAGCAUAUUCAAACACGUGAAUGUUAUAAUUAUUUUUCACUAGCAAAACAAACGGAAUUUUAAAUGCACUCACAUUAUUGUUUUCAUCUAUUUUGGCAUGAGUGUAUUGAUGAGUUUGAAUCAUCAGAAGAAGGAAACUACAUCGAUCCACUUUUUUACAUUACACAAAUUCAUCAAGAAUAUGAAUUCCAUUUUCCUUCUUAAAACAGACAAAUUUUGGGGGAAAAAACAGCAAAUGCUUCUUCUGUUUCUUUGUCGAUAUCUAGUCCAUGUGUACUUGAGUGGUUUAUUAUUACUACAACUGACUAACAACGGUUUCUUAUCGAAAGUCUAUUUAGUUCGUUUCCAUGUGUUGACUGUUUUAUCACGAAAUCAUAAUUGUGAUUGGCACUAAAACCGUGAUCAUCAUUCGAUCCGACUCUAUUCGAGUGGCACUAAAAAUGCGAUUCUCAGAAACAAAAACCAAAAACCGGGCCGAUCAUUUUAAUGUACCCAAUUUUCACUGCUCAAAUAGAAGCGAAAUUCUUGUAGAACAUAAAAAAGAAAUAAAAUAAAUAGAAACUGAUUUACUGAAAACAGCCAAAAUAAACUAAAAUAGUGUGUACUCUUUAUGUUAAGCCCACAUUGAACAAAUUAUAUCGGUUGAAUUUACAUAAAUUUUAAGAUCGAUUUGGCGACACACACACACUCACACAAAUCCAAUUGUUUGCUCAAAUCUUUGUUUUAAAUUUUGUUUUAUUGCAAAGCGCUAAUAACGAUAUAUACUUAAAGAAAAAUAUGUGAUCCAAAUCGAUAGAAAUACAUCCAGAAAACGAUUAUCGAUUGUUUUUCUCUACUUUUUUUUUGCAUCUCAUCUCGACAAAAAAUAAAUAAAAUGACUGUGUGAAGUCACAAUUCAUAAGGAAA